CAUUGUUCGUAAGCCGUUGCAGCUACAAACAACUGACUAGUUUCGUUGUCUCCUCUUCAUAACACGUACGAGUUUGAUUCUUCAAAUGAGACCCCCUUUUGUUGGAUUCAUCAGAAAAUUUUUCCUUCUUGUUUUGGUCUCCGCUUUAUGUUGUAGUUCUUCAACCCAUGGAAGUACAAAAUCGGAGAAAACUUUAGCAAUUAUAAAACCAGAUGGAUUGAGUGGAAACUACACAGAUGACAUCAAGAGAACAAUUUUAGACUAUGGUUUCAGCAUUAUUAAGGAAAAGAUUGUUCAACUUGAUGAGAUCACUGUGAAAAGAUUUUACGCAGAGCACUCUUCAAAAUGCUUCUUUUCUAGCCUUGUAAAAUACAUGACAAGUGGACCAGUGUUAGUUAUGGUUUUGGAUAAGGAUAAUGCUAUUGCUGAUUGGCGUGCUUUAAUGGGCCCUACUGAUGCAAACAAGGCUAAGAUUACUCACCCUCACAGCAUCAGAGCACUGUGUGGUUUGGAUACCGAAAAGAAUUGUGUUCAUGGUUCAGACUCUCUCAAAUCUGCACAAAGAGAGAUACCAUUUUUCUUCGGAGAGCUUUCUGCAGAUGUAAUUGCAGAACAUGAUGAGCUGUAGCUGGCAAAAGUUUGAAGCAGAAACACAACUUUUUUUUUUUUUUUUUUUUUAAAUUAUUUGUGAGGCUUGUUACUGUUAUAUAAUUUGUAUACCGGAUUGCUUCAGUGUCUAACACCACUUCUGCUAUCAAUUGAGAGUGUAAUUUUAGUAGGAACAUUUUUC